CUGGCAACUUGGAUUAUUGCAAGCACUUGAACUGUGUAAGUAAAAGUUGACCACCUAGCACCCAUGUUUCCUGAAAGUGUUUAAAGAGGGAAUUUGAGAAAUUUGCAUAUAGAGAUGAGUCAGAUGCAUGGAACAGCUGCUGGAAGUCAAGAUUUGCUAGCUUGUGAAACCUGUGGAAGACAUUUUGCACAAGAUGUUCUGUUAAGGCACGAGCCAAUAUGCAGGAAAGUCUUCAACAAAAAGCGCAAAACUUUCAAUUCUUUGAAACAGAGACUGCAGGGAACUGAAAUUCCCUCAGUGAAGAAACAGCCACCACCAAAGAAACAACCAGAAAAGAAAUCCAACUGGAGACAGCUGCAUGAGGACUUUAUUAAUGCUAUUCAGUCAGCCAAGCAAGCCACAAAAGCCAUGAAAGAGGGCCGACCCCUUCCUCCUCCUCCACCUCCAAGCGUCAAUCCAGACUAUAUUCAGUGUCCCUACUGCUUGAGAAGGUUUAAUGAAGCUGCAGCAGAGAGGCACAUCAGUUUUUGCAAAGAACAAGCUACACGACGUGUCUUUGCACCAGGCCAGAAAGCAGCCAAACAGGCCCCGGGCAAGCAACAAAUGACUCAAAGGAGAGAACCAACCUUAACAAGUGCUGUGGAAUCACUGCUUCAGAACAGAGCCCAAGAAGCUGCCAUUGCAGGACCUGCUGUGCAGUCCUCUUCUGGAAUGCCAGAGAGAACCAAAAAAACAUCCGGUGCACCCUUUGGAAAAAAUACUUCAGGAGAUUCUCGAAUGGGGCCUGUGAGGUUGAGGGCAGAGAAAAUGUCUGAUGCGGGAGUGGAAGGUCUCCAAGGCAGGGGAGGGUUCAUGUGAAAAUCUCAAACUCCCAGCACAAAGCAGAAGAUAAGGUGGCAGAUCACCCAUGACUUGAAAUGGCUGCCUUUACUUGUACAGCAUUGCUACUGAAGAUCCUAGGAAAACAGUUCCAUAAAACCAUCUGCAUUCCAACUUGUCACACAGUUU